AAAAGGGCUCUGCUGAGAAGGAGAGACGCAGUGACUUUUACCAUUCUCAUCCUCCGGAAUGCAUCCGCUCCUCUAACUUCUCUGUGCGCAAAAUCAACACCGCAGCCAGAUGCGCACUGAGUAAGUCUCAGAAGUUACAAUGCGCAUUUUUAUCUAACAGAUUUUUGGGAAUAAAAACACAUUUUGAGUGACUUUCCUUUUGUGCGCAGUUUUGCUUCCAAACGUUUAUUCAGCUGUACCUGCAAGAAGUAAGAGUGAAGCAGUCGGGUUCUCCUCUGGAGACAAGCUUUGACUCCAGGCUGCAGAGAUCCGACUGGACUGGGAAACUAAUUAAGUGUUUUCUACACCGAGCGCUGGAUUUGCGCGUUUUGAGAGUUGAUAUGUCGGACAGUAAGCGUGGAGGACGGCUGCUGCAGUUGGCCGUGGCUCUAUUGGCCUUGCUGCAGCUCUUUGCAGGACUUGGCGAUGCUGCAGAGGUGCUGGAGGUCCAGGACAGCGAGCUGGUGACCAGGCAGACCGAUAGAGCCAACAGGGCAAAGAGGAGGGGAGGAACGGACGUACUCAGAGGACCAAAUGUGUGUGGCUCCAGGAACAACGCCUACUGCUGCCCAGGCUGGAAGACUCUUACAGGAGGAAACCAGUGCAUUGUUCCGAUCUGCCGGAGUCCAUGUGGAGAUGGUUUCUGCUCCAGACCCAACAUGUGCACCUGCCCCAAUGGGCAGAUUUCUUCAUCCUGUGGAUCCAAGUCAGUCCAGCACUGUAACAUUCGGUGUAUGAACGGGGGAACGUGUGCAGAAGACAACUGCCAGUGUCAGAAAGGCUACGUGGGAAAUCACUGUGGUCAACCGGUUUGUGAAAAUGGCUGUCUGAAUGGAGGACGGUGUGUGGCUCCCAACAGAUGUGUGUGCACAUACGGAUUCACCGGAGCCCAGUGCGAGAGAGAUUACCGCACAGGGCCGUGCUUUGCCUCUGUCAAUAACCAGAUGUGCCAAGGCCAGCUCUCAGGGAUUGUAUGCACGAAAACAUUGUGCUGCGCCACAGUGGGACGGGCAUGGGGUCACCCCUGUGAGAUGUGCCCAGCCCAGCCUCACCCUUGCCGAAGAGGGUUCAUACCAAACCACCGAACCGGGGCGUGCCAAGAUGUGGACGAGUGCCAGGCCAUCCCUGGCAUCUGCCAAGGAGGAAACUGCAUCAACACGGUGGGAUCCUUUGAAUGUAAAUGUCCCGAUGGGCACAAAUUCAACGAGAUCUCACAGAAAUGUGAUGAUCUGGAUGAGUGUUCAAACAUUCCUGGUCUUUGUGGUGUGGGCGAAUGCUUUAACACUGCUGGCAGCUACUUCUGCAAGUGUCCCCAGGGAUAUUACACCUCUGUGGAUGGGUCCAGAUGUGUUGAUGCACGUGCUGGGUAUUGUUACGCCAGACUGCUGAACGGACGCUGUGCCAACCAAAACUCACAACAGCUGACUAAAAUGCAAUGCUGUUGUGAUAGUGGACGCUGCUGGUCUGAUGGCUCCAUACCAGAGAUGUGCCCUAUCCGUGGAACAGAGGAAUACCAGAGGCUUUGCAUUCAGACGCUCGAUACAAAUGGAGUUCUGAUACCUGGCCGUAUCCCAGGGUCUCCGGACCAACCCGGCAUCUACCCCGUUCCAGUUCCUGGCCAAUUACCUCAAGUGAUUCCUGGUCAAAUUCCCAUUCAAAUUCCUGGCCAGGUCCCCGGGCAAAUUCCCAUCCAAAUUCCUGGCCAGGUCCCCGGGCAAAUUCCCAUCCAAAUUCCAGGCCAGCUCCCUGUUCAAAUCCCAGGUCAAAUCCCUGGACAAUUUCCAGGACAAUUCCCAGGACCCAUCCAACCUCCUCCUCCAGGCCCUAAUGUAGUCCAAGCCCUGAAUAUCACUAACAUGUGUCAGGCUUUCCGAAACCUCUGCCUGAAUGGCAGAUGUAUUCCCAUGCCGAGCAUUGGAUAUCGCUGCGAGUGCAACAUGGGAUUCAGACUGGACGUUAGGGGAGAGUGCAUCGAUGAUGAUGAAUGUGAGAGGACCCCAUGUGCACAUGGAGAGUGUUUGAACACCCCAGGGUCUUACAUCUGUCAGUGUCCUGCUGGAUUUCAGUCAACAGCAACUCGAACAGAGUGCAGAGAUCUGGAUGAAUGUGUGGCCAAUGGUCGUAUCUGCAACAAUGGGCGCUGUGUGAACACUGAAGGCAGCUUCCACUGCGUCUGCAACGCUGGAUUUGAAAUUUCAGUAGAUGGCAAAAAUUGUCAAGAUCAGGACGAGUGUCUGAUCAGGAACAUGUGCCUCAACGGACUUUGUAUCAAUGAGGAUGGCAGCUUCAAGUGCAUCUGUAAACCCGGAUUCCUGCUGGACACCAGUGGACGCAUGUGUGUUGAUAUCGAUGAGUGUGAGACGCCAGGUAUGUGCAUGAACGGACACUGUGUCAACACCGAGGGUUCGUUUCGCUGCGAGUGCAUGGCUGGGAUGGCGGUGGGCCUGGAUGGGCGAAUUUGUGUUGAUACACACAUGCGUAGUUCAUGUUAUGGCGGCUACAAGCGAGGCCAGUGUAUUAGGCCUUUAUUUGGAGCUGUGACCAAGUCAGAGUGUUGCUGCGCAAGCACAGACUAUGCCUACGGAGAGCCCUGCCAACCAUGCCCUUCACAAAGCUCUGCAGAGUUUCUGGCUCUGUGUCCCAGUGGCAUCGGUAUAACCGGCGGUGGAAUAGAUAUCAACGAAUGUGCCCUUGACCCUGACAUCUGUCAGAACGGAGUGUGUGAAAACAUGCUGAGGACAUACAAAUGCACCUGCAAUGAAGGCUUUGAGGUAGACCUUUCAGGCAAAAACUGUGUUGAUAUCGAUGAGUGUCUGAUGAACAGGCUGCUGUGUGACAACGGUCUGUGCAGGAACACGCCCGGGAGUUUCACCUGUCAGUGUCCUAAAGGAUUUCGCUUUGACCCAGAGACGGACGUGUGCGAGGAUGUGGACGAGUGUGAGUCUAGUCCCUGCAUUAACGGAGACUGUAAUAACAGCCAGGGGUCCUUCGUGUGUACGUGUUCAGCAGGCAGUUCCUUGGACAACACGGGGCUGGAGUGUAUAGAGACAACUAAGAGCACCUGCUGGUUGAAGAUAGUCAAUAACCGCUGUGAGGUGAACAUCAACGGAGCCACGCUGAAAUCCCACUGCUGCGCCACACUGGGAGAAGCCUGGAAUAGUCCAUGUGCCAAAUGUGAAAAAGAUCCAAUAUGUGGUAAAGGCUUUGCCAGAGUCAAAGGAAAUGCCUGUGAGGACGUCGAUGAGUGUCAGGUGUUUCCAGGUGUUUGCAUUAAUGGCAAAUGCGUCAACACACAAGGCUCCUUUUUCUGCCAGUGCCCUCCAGGAAUGACUGUUGAUGUCAGUGGGAGGAUGUGCAUUGACCUGCGCACUGAACACUGUUACCUCACUCAUGAUGAUGAGCGUUGUGGAUUGGCUAUAUCUGGGAAGCACCGCGUGGACGCUUGCUGCUGCUCCGUGGGCGUCGCCUGGGGUCCUGAAUGUGACGAGUGUCCAGAAGAGGGAUCUUCAGAGUUUGCCCAACUUUGUCCUCGAGGCCCCGGCUUCUCACAUAGAGGUGACUUCAUCAAUGGCAAACCCUUCCUCAAAGACAUAAAUGAGUGCAGGAUGAUAAACACGCUGUGCUCCAACGGGAGGUGCAGAAACACCAUUGGCAGCUUCCGUUGUCGCUGCGAUAGCGGGUACGCUCUGGACUCUGACGAGAGAAAUUGCACUGACAUCGACGAGUGCCGAAUAUCUCCAGACCUGUGUGGACAGGGCAGGUGUGUUAACACGCCGGGGGAUUUUGAAUGCGAGUGCUUCGACGGCUAUGAAAGUGGCUUCAUGAUGAUGAAAAACUGCAUGGACAUUGACGAGUGUGAGAGGAACCCUCUGUUGUGUCGUGGAGGUGAGUGUGUGAACACAGAGGGCAGCUUCCAGUGUGUGUGCCCUGACGGACAUUCGGUCGCUCCUGAUGGGUCGGGCUGUCUAGAUAUAAAUGAAUGUGAGUUGAGCGACAGGCUGUGCAGGAAUGGACAAUGUGUUAACAUGAUCGGCCGCUACCAGUGUUCGUGCAACACGGGAUACAAAUCCACCGAAGACAGGCUGGACUGUGUCGACAUCGAUGAGUGUACGAUCGAAAACGGCGGCUGUGAGACUUUCUGCACAAACUCAGAGGGCAGCUAUGAGUGCAGCUGCCACAGCGGUUAUGCUCUGAUGCCCGACCUGAGGACCUGCACUGACAUCGAUGAGUGUGAGGAGAGCCUCGGCAUCUGUGAUGGAGGCCAGUGCACCAACACCCCAGGGACCUACCAGUGUUUGUGCUUUGAUGGCUUCAUGUCUUCGGAGGAUUUGAAGACCUGCCUGGAUGUGGAUGAGUGUGAGCUGAACCCAAACAUCUGUCUGAGUGGGAACUGCGAGAACACGAAGGGAUCCUUCAUCUGUCAUUGUGAUCUGGGGUAUUCUGUUCGCAAGGGGAGCACAGGCUGCACAGAUAUCAACGAGUGUGAGAUCGGAGCCCACAACUGCGACAGGCAUGCAACCUGCACCAAUACAGCCGGCAGCUUCAAAUGCAACUGUGCACCAGGGUGGAUUGGCGACGGCAUCAAAUGCUCAGACCUGGAUGAGUGUUCAAAUGGGACCCACAUGUGCAGCAGCAACGCCAACUGCCUCAACACCAUGGGCUCAUAUCGCUGCGCGUGCAAAGAGGGAUUCUCUGGAGAUGGAUUCUUCUGCUCAGACAGCGAUGAGUGCGCCGAGAACGGCAACCUAUGUGAAAGUGGCCACUGUCUGAAUCUACCUGGAGGCUUCCGCUGCGAGUGCGACAUGGGCUUCAUCACCACCUCUGACGGAAAGGCCUGCGAGGACAUAGACGAGUGUACAUUUGUUGAUAUCUGUGUCAAUGGACGCUGCCGGAACAUUCCAGGACUUUUUAGGUGUGAAUGUAACCGUGGUUAUGAACUGGACAGGAGUGGAGGCAACUGCACUGACAUCAAUGAAUGUGCAGAUCCAACCAUCUGUAUGAAUGGGGUGUGUGUUAAUAUCCCUGGAAACUACCACUGCAACUGCCCACCAGACUUUGAACUUAACCCCACUCGGGUGGGUUGUGUAGACACUCGUUCUGGAAGCUGCUACAAGGAUGCCCGUUCCCGUGGAGACGCCUCAGUGAACUUGGACUGCUCCAAUGAGAUUGGAGUUGGAGUUUCCAAAGCAUCCUGCUGCUGCUCCGAGGGCCGUGGCUGGGGGUCUCCGUGUGAAUUAUGUCCCUCUGUCAACUCAUCUGAGUACAAGACGUUGUGUCCUGGGGGAGAGGGCUUCAGACCAAACCCGAUCACAGUCAUCUUGGAAGACAUCAAUGAAUGCCAGGAACUUCCGGGCUUGUGCCAGGGAGGACAGUGCAUCAACACUUUCGGAAGUUUCCAGUGUGAAUGUCCACGAGGCUUCGUCCUCAACCCAGACACCAGAGUCUGUGAAGAUUUUGAUGAGUGUGAACAACCAGGAAUCUGUGGUCCGGGUAAGUGCUACAACACCAUUGGGAACUACACUUGUAUUUGCCCUGUGGACUACAUGCAGGUGAAUGGAGGGCACAACUGUAUGGACAUGAGGAAGAGCUAUUGCUACAGGAACUUUUACUCAGACAACAGGACAUGUGAUGGUGAGCUGAACUUCAACAUGACUAAAAAGAUGUGCUGCUGCUCCUACAACAUUGGCCAUGCGUGGAACAAGCCUUGUGAACAGUGUCCUGUGCCCAACACUGAUGAGUUUGCAGUCCUGUGCGGCAGCGAGAGGCCAGGCUAUUACAUCGACAUCACAACAGGAAGAGUUAUUGAUAUUGAUGAGUGCAGAGAAAUCCCAGGAGUGUGUGAGAACGGUGUGUGCAUCAACAUGAUUGGUAGCUUCAGGUGUGAGUGCCCCGUGGGUUUCAUUUACAACGACAAGCUACUGAUUUGUGAAGAUAUUGACGAGUGUCAGAAUGGGCCAGUCUGCCAGCAGAAUGCUGACUGUUUGAACGUGCCUGGAAGCUACCGCUGUGAAUGUAAAUCUGGAUAUCGCUUCACCCCCACUGGACAAUGUCUUGACCGUAAUGAGUGCCUUGAGAACCCGGGUAUAUGUAAUCCUGGUCAGUGCAUUGACUUUGUGGGAAGCUACCGCUGCCUUUGCCCCAAUGGCUACAAAACAACCCGGGACCAGUCCAUGUGUGUCGACGUGGAUGAGUGUGAGAGGCAGCCCUGUGGCAAUGGGACGUGCAAGAACACGGUGGGCUCCUAUAACUGUCUGUGCUACCCAGGUUUUCUGAACUCACACAACAGCGACUGCAUCGAUGUGGAUGAGUGUUCGACACAAAGGGGCUUGUGUCGAAAUGGUCAGUGUGUCAACACGUUGGGAACCUUCCACUGUGUGUGUAAUGAUGGCUACGAGCUGGCUUUAGACGGCAGGCUUUGUGCUGAUAUCAAUGAGUGCACCGUGAAUCCAGGCACAUGUGGAGCCGGCACUUGUCUGAAUAUGGAUGGAACCUACAGGUGUAUUUGCCCUCCUGGCUAUUACCUCCAUGAGGAAACCUGUGAAGAUAUUGAUGAGUGUUCCAAUUCGCCUGAGAUCUGUACGUUUGGAACCUGCUCCAACACCGACGGAAGCUUCACCUGCUUGUGCCCUGAGGGCUUCCAGCUCUCUGCCUCGGGACGCAGAUGUUUAGAUACCCGUGUGCACUACUGCUACACCAAGUUUGAAAAUGGGCGCUGCCUCGUUCCGAAGCCUCAGAACACGUCUAAAGCAGAGUGCUGCUGCACUGGAAUGCCUGGACAAGGCUGGGGAAGCCCCUGUGAAAUCUGCCCCAGCAAAGGAGAGGAGGCUUAUCGCAUCCUCUGUCCUAAUGAGGGGUAUGAGCGGGGUCCGGAUGACCACCCAAAAGAUAUCAAUGAAUGCCUCAAUGAUCCAUGCAUUAAUGGCCAGUGCAUCAACACAGACGGCUCCUUCCGUUGUGAAUGUCCCUUGGGAUAUCAUUUGGAUAGCAGUGGAGUCCGAUGUGAAGACACAAAUGAGUGUGACAUUGGUAAUCCCUGUGGAAACGGUACAUGUACUAACGUCAUUGGCGCCUUUGAGUGUUCGUGUGAUGACGGUUUCGAGCCUGGACCAAUGAUGACCUGUGAAGACAUCAAUGAGUGUGCCCAGAAUCCUCUCCUGUGUGCCUUUCGCUGUGUUAAUGUUGUGGGCUCGUAUGAGUGUAAAUGUCCUACAGGAUACAUCCUGCGAGAGGACAGGAGGAUGUGCAAAGAUCAGAAUGAGUGUGAAGACGGUGUAGAUGACUGUGCCAGCAGAGGAAUGACCUGCAAGAACCUGAUUGGUACAUAUAUGUGCAUCUGCUCACCUGGAUACACACGCCAACCCAAUGGAGAUGGAUGCAUGGAUCUCAAUGAGUGUACAGCCAAACCGGGUAUCUGUAAGAAUGGCCGCUGUGAAAACACAGUUGGAAGCUAUCGCUGCAGAUGUGACCAAGGAUUCAUUUCUAACCCCACACAGACAGAAUGCAUUGAUAACCGGGAAGGCUUCUGUUUUACCGAAGUUCUGACCAUUCUGUGUCAGAUGUCGUCCAGCAACAGGAACCUGGUGACGAAGUCUGAAUGUUGCUGCGAUGGCGGCCGAGGCUGGGGCACCAACUGUGAACUCUGCCCCCUGCCAGGAACCACCCAGUACAAGAAGAUGUGUCCCCUGGGUCCAGGGUUCACCACUGAUGGCAGAGACAUUGAUGAGUGUCGUGUGAUGGGGAAUCUGUGUAAAAAUGGUCAGUGCGUCAACAGUAUUGGCUCCUAUAGCUGCCUCUGCAAACCUGGCUACACCACUGACAUCACUGGCUCACAGUGCGUGGAUGUGGAUGAGUGCAUACAGGCACCAAAGCCUUGUAACUUCAUCUGUAAGAACACCGAAGGAAGUUACCUCUGCUCCUGCCCUCGAGGAUACAUCCUGCAGGAGGAUGGAAAGAGCUGCAGAGAUCUGGACGAGUGUUCGACCAAACAACACCACUGCCAGUUCUUGUGCAUUAACACUAUUGGUGGCUUCACAUGCAAAUGUCCUCCUGGCUUCACCCAGCAUCACUCUUCCUGCAUCGACAACAACGAAUGUUCCACUGAUCCCAAUCUGUGCGGCUCCAACGGGGUCUGCCAGAACACCCCGGGGAGCUUCAACUGUGAUUGCCAGCGAGGAUUCUCAUUAGAUCCCAACGGGCAGGCUUGUGAAGAUAUGGACGAGUGUGAUGGAAACCACAGGUGUCAGCACGGCUGUCAGAACUUAGUGGGUGGAUACAGAUGUAGCUGCCCACAAGGUUACCUUCAGCACUACCAGUGGAACCAGUGUGUUGAUGAGAAUGAGUGCAUGAACAGUCAGAUCUGUGGGGGAGCAUCGUGCCACAACACCCUGGGGAGCUUCCGCUGCCUCUGUCCCACUGGCUUCAACUAUGAGCAGAUGUCCGGGAGCUGCACAGAUGUCAACGAGUGCUCAACCACCCAGAACCCCUGCAAGUUUGGCUGCUCGAACACAGAUGGGGGCUACCUCUGUGGAUGCCCGCCUGGAUACUUCCGUGCAGGACAAGGUCACUGCGUUACAGGUCUGGGCUUCACAAGUGGUGGACAGGAUGGGGAGGUGGAUGAUAACUCCCUCUCACCUGAAGCCUGUUAUGAAUGUAAGAUUAAUGGCCACCCCAAGAAGGGACGGAAACGCCGUAGCACCAACUCAACACGGGAUGACGCUAUGGAAGACCUGCAGCUGACAGAAGAAAUCAGUCUAGCCAGCGUGGACAUCGAAAACACCCUUCAGUUGCACCUGAACAUCAGUGACCUCAGUAACCGCGACCACAUCCUGGAGUUCACGCCGGCCCUAUCCACGCUCAGCGACCACGUGAGAUACAACAUCAACAAUGGGAAUGAGGAAGGCUUUUUUAAAAUUAAUCAGAAGGACGGUGUCAGCUACCUGCAUUUCAGUAAGAAGAAAGCUCUCAUGCCAGGGGCGUAUGACCUUCAGAUCAGCAGCGAGCCCCUCUACAGGAAGAAGGAGCUGGCUGAGCUGGAGGACCAGCACGAUAAAGACUACCUCACAGGACAGCUGGGAGAAAUACUGAAGAUGAGGGUGAAACUCAUCCUCCAUUAACCAUCACAUGACUGAGAGAGGCAGAUGUUGCCAGCAGCUGCUAAUCCAGCGUCUGGCUCCCAGUCCCCUGAAGGCCAAACAUGUUUUGACUCUGGGUCAGUAGUUGGGGGCAACGUCUACUUGCUCCAACAGGGAGAAGGGCCCGCCACCAAAGAGACCAGGGGAAGGGGUAAUGUUGUCAUUUGAUCGCCAAAGAUGAUUCUACAUAUCAUAGAUCCAGUUUCUAUGGAACAUAGCAGCUGAGUGUGUUUAAUUCACACCACAGCUGUGUUUAAAGCACAAAGAGAGGAAAGAUAGGUUUGAAUUCAGAGUUAAAUGUUGUAUGAUAUGUGGAAUCAAAUGCCACUCCGACGGGCAUGUGGGCGGCAGAGAGCCUGAAAAGGUGACUGUGUUUGGAACUCUAAGAAAAAGUUGUGUCACAAUAGUCUGAAAUCAAUUUAUUUCCUCCUCUCAAGUAAGUGACUGAACAAAUCUGGAAGUUUUCCUCCUUCCCGGAUGUUGAUUCAAUGAAGAAUGAGAAUGUUUAGAAGAGGAAAGGAGCCCACUAUGGACUAUUGAGAUGUAACCAUCUCUGAGCUUGAAUGAAUCCUACUGCAUAUUUAAACUUUGCCUUCCCCAUCUUUCCUACUGAUUGAAUAGUUCAUAUCUACUGGUGCUAACAACGCGUAGACUUCUGAAUGCACUGUAGUCAGAAACAAUCCCAUCGGUCAUUCUGAAGAGUCCAUGUCCUUGCAUUUGCAACAGCUAGCAUCAAAUCCUGUCGGUUCUCUUAUUUUCAUGUACAUUGUGUUUAUACUGUAAUAAUCAAUGCCACUUUUAAUCUAUAAAGCAUUUGUAAACUAGAGGAAGCCCCCGGAAUAGAGGGGGUCAUAAUGGUGCUUAUAAUGACCAACUACUUUCUUUGUAAACAGUGUAUACAUACAAACAGCACACACACACACAUUUGAUGAUGCCAAACCUGGGCCUUCAUGAUUAUGCACUGAGGCCUUUGCGGCCACACAUUUUCUCACAAGUAAAAUCAGUGCAGCGUUACUUUGCAGCAGUCUGACAUCAGUCUGCGUUCUCUGUUCACAUCAGAGGGUUUAGAUGUAAAUUCACAAUAAAAACAUAUUUUUGGUGUACGUUUA